GCUUAAAUCACGGUCACGGACGCGUCGAUCGAGCCAUCGACCCGAGCUAGGGUGCGCAGCGUACAUACGUCGUCGCCGCCGUGCUGAUCGAUUCAUCACGUAGCUAGGUUUCGACUUCAAUUGAUCGACAAUGGUGUCUUCGUCGUCGUCCCCCGCGGCCAGCGCCGAAGCCGACUCCCCGAUCGUCCACGUCGCCUUCAGCAGCGGCGCCUCCCACUUCGUCGCGUCCACGGCCACCGGGUUCCACGUCUUCUCCUGCGACGAGUCGGUCGAGCGCGUCCGCUACAAGUCCAUCGCCGACGUCUCGGACGGCGCCGAGGUGACCUCCGCCGAGAUGCUCACGUGGUCGCGCCUGGCCGUCGUGACCCGGGAGACGGGCGGCGCCGAGCACGAGGCGAUCUACUUUUUUGACGAGAGCAAGAAGGCGAUACGCAUCAGCUCGGACAAGACCCCCGGCCUCGGUGUCGUGGGCGGGAUCCGCCUUCUCGGGGACCGUGCGCUCAUCGCCGGCCAGAAGAUGGCGAUGCUGGUCCUCAGGGGCCACAUCAAGAACUCGGAGCUGGUCGCGACGGGCCCGAACCCGCUGGGGCUGUGCGCGCUGGCGGUUGACCGCCGAGCGGCGACGUUCAUGUACGCCCUGCCGCGGCCGGAGAAGGGCGCGGUGCAGGUCUGCCGGAGCGGCCAGCUCGGCAGCGUCGACGUGCGCGCGCACGCGUCGAGCCUGUCGUGCAUCGCGCUCUCCCGCGACGGCCGGCUGCUCGCCACGGCCGGCUCCAAGGGCACGCUCGUGCGCAUCUUCAGCACCGACGACGGCACCAUGGUGCAAGAGCUAAGGAGAGGUAUUGACAGAGCAGACAUCCACUGCAUCGCCUUCUCGCUGGAAUCCCAAUGGCUGGCCGUCUCCAGCGACAAGGGGACGGUGCACGUUUUCCCGGUCGCUAGCGUCAACAAGGCGACCGAGGGCGGCGGCGACGACAGCGAUAACAUGCCGGUAACACCACCGGCAGCGGCAGCGGCAGCGGCAACAGCCAAGCAGGGAUCGUCGCUAUCAUUCUUGAAAGGUUACUUGCCGAGCUACUUCAGCUCGGAGUGGUCGCUGGCUCAGGUCCGGCUCCGUGAAGGCGUCGACUACACGGUGGAGUUCUGGCGGCACCACCCCAACACCAUCCUCAUCGCCGGCACGGACGGAAGCUUCUACCGGUGCCGUUUUGACCCCGUGAACGCGGGCGAGAUGAAGGAGCUGGAACACGAGAGAUUCAUUAAGAAGAUCAAGGAGUGAGACAGCAAGAGAGAAAUAUCCCAGUCCAGUAGGAGGCUUAGCCAGUUCACCUUUAUAUGUAUACACGAUGUGUACAAUGCAAUGGCUUAGAGAGGUGUUUGCAAAAGUAAAUCAGUUUUGGCUUAAGCAUCGGUGCUUGUUUCUAAUGCUUAAUUAAAGAAGUGGCCAGGGGUUGAAAUUAAAAUUUGUGCCGGUCACUUCUUUUUGACAACUGGCUAGCCACCGGCGAGGGCAAAAGCAGCCCGCCUAGCCCAUGUGGAGAAGUUUAUAUGUGCAGUCCGACACUGCUUGCAUACAUCA